AUGACGACACCAUGGUACAUGCCAAAAAAAGAUCAGCCUGCUUGGUUUUUCGAUGGACGUAAACAACCUGAUGCCGAUAACAUUAUACGUGAAAAUGAUUGGACGCCAUAUGGCGAUAUUCAAUGUCAAAUGAUAGAAAUGGCUUACGGGAAUAAACAGCCCGAAGCUAAAUUAGAUGGAUACACAAUUGAUUUUGAAAAUAUGAUUCAAUAUAAUAAUAGUGAUCAUCAAAAACAACGUCGAGUGUGUUGCCAUGAACCAACAGAGGUAACAUCUCGGAUCCGUUCGGUUAGCACAAACUUCAGCCGCUUCACCGCCCCAUCAAAACUAGUUUCUCUCAAUGAAUGGCGAAUUUCGCAAUUUCCAUUGGUAGAAGAAUGGACCAAACGAAACCCUCAUUAUAGACAUAAAUCUCACGAUACGGUGGAACAGAUCGCUUCUGGAAUAGUAAUAGAAGGAUCAGAAAUGAACCCUCCAAAGACACUAGAAGCACAAUAUGUUGCUGAUCAAUUACUAAAAUCCAAGGACAAACCUCUUCAUGAGAUUAUGAUCUAUUGCGUCGUUCUCUACACUUAUCAAUCAUUCAUAUAUAUCUUAGUCAAUAAUGUUCUUAGGGAAGGAGGUAUGACAAAAGUAGAUACACUCGGGCCUUAUUGUUGCAUGCUAAGAGACUUUCUGCAUGAAGAUCAGGAAGCCGUCCACGAAACCGUUUAUCGAGCAACAACGCUAACCGUGGAACAACUUCAAGAGUAUAUUAAUUCAAAAGGUCAAAUAAAAACUUGGCCCGCUUUUUCUUCAACAAGCAAAAGCCCGGCUGGGUUAGAAAACUUUGGUAAUACCCUAUUUGUCAUCGAGUUUAAUAAUGAUGUAGCUCCAUGUUAUCCCGGACGUGCCAUUGCUUCAUACUCUAUGUAUAAGGAUGAACAAGAAAUACUGCUGUAUCCCGGAGUCGAUUUUCGCGUAGAUAGUGUUGAAGAAAGUCACGGGGAACAAUUCAAGUACAUCAUUCACUUGUCUUUGAUGUGA